AAAAUCAUGUUUAUUUUUCAUUCAAUUUCGGAAUUUUCUUUGUUUUUUGUUUUGUUUGAGUAUCUUUUUUUUGAAUCUUAACCAAAAUCAUGAUCGUCUAAGAAAUGGUCAACAAAGGUGUGAAUGGUGUUGAUAAUACCAUUAACAUGAUUGGAUCAUCAUCAUCAUCUGGUGAAAAUAUUGUCAACGUUGAACAUAAUCAUCAUGGACUACAUCGAACGACACCUGGUUCGUUCAAUGAAAUCGAUGUACAAUCGAUAAAUAAUGAUGAAGAGAUUAAAAAUCAUUUCACUCAUGUUAAAGUAUUGCAUAAUUUUCGUGGUUCAAACAAUGAUGAAUUGUGUAUGAAAAAAGAUGAUAUAAUAACAUUGACACAAACACCAUCAGGUGGAUGGUGGGAAGGAACAUUGGACGGUAUUACCGGUUGGUUUCCGGCCAAUUAUGUUCAACCUAUUUCAAAUCAAGAUCCAUUAUAUCAGCAAAUUGUUCAUGGUCAACAACAAAGUUCCUCGGGAAUCGAAACACUACGCUCAGGAUCAUCGGAAUUAUGUCCAACAGGAUAUCAUUCAGGAGAUUGGAAUAGUCCCGGUACACCGAUUGAUUCGAUGAGUGAUCAUCUGGCUGAAUAUCGUUCAAUCGUAAUGAAAGUGAUUGAAGAUUCGGAAACACAAUUUAUUGAGUCAUUACAAGAUGCUAUUAAUCAUUAUUUGAUGCCCAUCUAUCAAUUUAAAAUAUUGCCCACCGAAACCGAAUUGAAUGCCGUAUUACGAUCAAUCACUGAAAUCUGUUCUGUUCAUCGACGAUUUUUAACAUCGAUUGAAAAAACUAAAAGUGUUCCUCACAAAGAUAAUCGUAUUGGUGGUUUAUUUAUGCAAUAUGCUCCACAAUUUAAACAUGCUCAUUUUGAAUAUUGUUCGCAUCAUGCCAAAUUUGUUCAUGUGAUUGAAAAAUACAAAAAAGAAAUCUGUGCCUUUUUCGCUACAAAUCCUCAACCGGUACCGGUAAGUUUAGCUCAAACACUUGCUUCACCAUCACAUCAAUUAUCAUCUGCAUCGGCAAAUCUUGCAUCGAUGCCUAACGUACAAAUUACAGCAUUAUUAAGUGUUUCGUUUCGUCGGCUGGAUAAAUAUCCUGCUCUAUUGCAAGAACUUCAACGUUAUACUGAAGAAAAUCAUUCAGAUCGUGGAGAUAUUCAACGUGCCGGAUUUCUUUAUCGAGAAAUAUCUAUGUCUUGUUUGGAAUUACGACGACGUAAAGAAAUGGAACUGGAAGUUAUGUUGGGCAAUAUUAAAAAUUUUGAUAAAAUGAACAUUGAAUCGUAUGGACAGAUUAUUAAAAUGGAACCGGUUACCAUAUUAUUGUUGCCUUUAUGGAAAGAACCGAAAAAAGAUUGCUAUCUGGUAUUAUUUCCAAAAGUUUUGAUGAUUCUUUCGGUUGGCAAAGAAAUGACUUCUUUCACUUAUGAGGCAAUGAUAAAAUUAGAGAACGCUAAACUAAAACCAAUCAAUGCAUCUACUGCUGCCGCUGCUACAAACGAUUUUUCUAUCGAAAUAUCCGGACAAAAUGCCCAUCCACAACCGGAUCAAUCUUCAACAUCCGAACAUUUGCAAUAUGUUGUUCGUUUUAACGAUGAAGAAGUAUGGCGAGAUUAUUAUCAAAAUUUACAAAAACAAAUUCGUCAUCAAACUAUUUCGACCACAACACACAAUCAAUUGGCCGAAUCUUCUAGUUCAUCGAUGCCACAAACUAGCGGUACCACUGUUGCCUCUUCUUCUUCAUCAUCGCAAUCAUCAUCGGCCAUAUUUUCACCGCAAUCAUCAACAUCAUUGUCGAUUACAUCACCAGAUCAGCCGGUUCCAUUGUCAUUACCACCGAAACCUCCUCAAUAUCGAAUUCAACAUAUGAUACCUCCUUGUUUAGAGGAAAUACCUCCACCACUUCCCCAUCAUAGACGUUCACCUCCUGCUAUACCACCACCGAAUGCACCGAAAAUGAGCAUCGAAUCGGUUUUAAAAUCAUUACCCAAACGAUCAUCUGGAUAUUGGUCGAAUCAGAUUCUAACACCGCAUCAACCAUAUCGUCCAACCGAUUUGCCCAUACAUUUCAAUCAAAUGGCAGCUGGUGAUAGUGGAACAUUGACCCAAGAAUCACCCAAUGAUGAUAUGCAAUUAUUGAACGUAAUCGAUGCAUAUCAUCGUAAAUUUCCUUCGAAUAAUUGUCGUGGUAGUGGUGGUGAACAUCAACUUUCAUCAUUGUCAUCAUUGUCUGGUAAUGUUAUUCAUCAACAUAAACGUAUGAAUUCAGCUAAUGAACCUUAUAAAUCACAAUCAUUAGAAUUAGAGCCUUAUCAAUAUGUUGAAAUAGUGGGGGUAAAUAAAUCCAUUGGUCAUCAGGCAAAUGUUCAUUUACAACGAAAUCCAUCCGCUAGAAAUGCAAGAAAAAACUCGUUGACUAUGUUAGCACAGAAAAUCAACAAACUAUCAUUGUAUGUAUCUAUUGAAUGUUUAUCAUCAAUGGAUAGAGAUGUCUUAUAUGAAAUUUAUGACCAACUAAGAGUAAUACGUAACGAAAUGAGUCAUCUGGGAGAAAAAGUACGAGAUGAACGUCGACAACGAAAACGAAUACAACAUUCAUUGGCAAAAUUACAUCAACAGCAACAAAAUAAUUUAAAUACAUAAUUUUUUUUAAUUUGAUAAUAAAAAUUUCAAAUUUCUAUA